UAUGUAUUAAUAUAAGUAAAACAAACAAUUGUUUUAUAUCAUUUGAACCGUGAACAUACAGCGUAGCUGAGUGGAUCCACAAAUAAAUCAGUUCAUCUAGACUCCAUUGUACAUAAGCCAGUCAAAUUUGGAGAGAGUAGCAAACCGACUGCCUUGCUGAGGUUGUGAUAAGCCACAAACAACUUCCUGAUCUUGAUAAUAAAUGCAGUCUCGCCUAUUUGGCCAGACAAAACCAUUUUUGUCUCCACGUUGUUUCAUGCAGUUCACCUGCAGCCCCUCCAUACUUAUGGCAACAAUUUGUCCCACAUAUGGUUUUCCCUUCUUUAUCUCUUCAGUGUGUGGGCUUGGUGGUGGUGAUGUAGGUGGGCUUGGUGGUGGUGAUGUAGGUGGGCUUGGUGGUGGUGAUGAAGGUGGGCUUGGUGGUGGUGAUGUAGGUGGGCUUGGUGGUGGUGAUGUAGGUGGGCUUGGUGGUGGUGAUGUAGGUGGGCUUGGUGGUGGUGAUGAAGGUGGGCUUGGUGGUGGUGAUGUAGGUGGGCUUGGUGGUGGUGAUGUAGGUGGGCUUGGUGGUGGUGAUGAAGGUGGGCUUGGUGGUGGUGAUGUAGGACCUGGGACUUGAUCUGGGUCUACCUGGAUGUCUCCAUCAUAGAUGGAGUUAUCUGGGGGAGUCAUGUUGAGUAAUGCAUUUAAAUUUCUUCUUUUGUUUCUAUAUUUUGUUUGAGAAUUUCUCCAUAUCUCCCUCAGCUUCUCUCUUCUUGACGGUGGGAGAGU